AUGGAAGAGGGUGGGCGUUCAAGAACUCGUGCUUCCCGACGAAUUUAUUAUCGUGGAGUUUCCGGACUGAUUUUUGUUCUUGACGCAACUGAUAGAGAACGAAUUAAUGAAGUACGUGAUGAACUUCUUCAAUUAUCGAAAGAAGAAGAAUUUCAAAAUAAGCCAAUCCUUAUUUUUGCUAAUAAACAAGAUUUAUCCAAUCCAAUGUCAUCGGAUGAAAUACAAGAGAAAAUGAGUUUAACUACAUUUAAUGAAAAUGUUAAAUGGCAUUUGCAACCAGCUUGUGCUAUUCAAAAUGAAGGUCUUCGUGAAGGUUUUCAAUGGUUAGAGAAUUCCAUGGCAAAAAAAGUUGAUACAAUCACACCAGUCAAAGAAACCAUUGACGAUUUGAGUACAAUAAAACAUCGUCUGAUGUCUUUGUGGAAUAUGGGAAAUUUUAAAACAUUGUGGAGUAAAUUUUUUUAA